CUGGAAAAUGUACAGCAAAAGAAAAUCUUUAAAGAGAAUAAGGAAAGGACACAACAGAGAAAAGAGCCAUGUCCUGCUGAUUCGGUAGAAUCUCUGAUGGCAGAAAUGCCGUUUGUCGACACAGAUAUUGAAGAUGAAUUUGUUAUGCAUGCAACCUCUGAAAUAAAUAUAAAAAAGAAAAGGAAGAGGACUACUGGAAGGGAAAUUGAAGAAGGCAGCGAGAGAAAGAAGAAAAAGAAAAAACAGUAUCAGCCGAAUUAUUUUGUUUCUCUUCCAAUUACUAAUCCAGAGAUUACUGGCAAUAUUCAGGCUGUCCAAGAUGCAGUAACACAAAAGGAUCAAAGGCUUUCCAAAGCGAUGGUUCACGCUGGCUCAUUGCAUGUCACCAUGUUAGUGAUGCAUUUAUCCAACAAAGAAGAAAUUAGCAUAGCAGUUGGUGCUCUUUCAGACAGCAAGGAUUUUGUAGAAGAUCUCCUGAAAGGAAAAACUGUGGAUUUGUCUUUUCAAGGAAUUGAUCACUUCAAAAAUGAAGUCGGAUUUGUGAAGUUGGCAGAAAAUGAUCAUACAGCUAUACUUACGAAAAUAGCAGAGACUAUGAAGAAGAUAUUUCAAGAAAAGGGCAUCUUGGCAGGAGAUGAAAGAGCUUUUAAACCACAUCUGACCUUCAUGAAGUUGUCAAAAUCAGCACAGCUACGUAAGCAGGUGAAAAGAAUUGACUCAAGCCUAUAUGAAGAUUUUAAAAGCCAUUAUUUUGGAGAUGAAAUCCUGCACCGCCUAGAUCUUUGCUCCAUGUUGAAAAAAAAGCAACCGAAUGGUUACUACUACUGUGAGUCCUCUAUUGUUUUUGGAAAGAGCCAUGAAGCAGACUUAGUAAAGGAAGCUUUGCGCAGAGAAACGCAGGCCCUGUUAUCCAGACUGAAUCAGAUAAAGGAGCUGUUAUCCAGUUCUGAUAUCCGCAUGAAAAUUAGCAGAGAACUGUUUGAAGACAGGCACAACUCUGACAGUAAACGGAAAAGUUGUAUUGACUCUGGAUCUCCAAAUGCAUGAUUGUAAAUUGCCAUGAUGUAAAACCUCAUCAGGUUGUUUAAAGACAAAAAAAUAUUUCUUCAAGAAAUUUUCCUUUCUGUUUCUUUUCUACUGAAAAUAUGAAUGGGUGUAAAUGGCUCAUGAGGAAUAAUGCUGAAAUCCUUGCACAGAAGGAGUAUAUUUCAUAAUGAUGAAGUACAGCCACUCCUCAGCACUGCUUUGAAACGUGCUUGAAUGUGCAGGUGGAUGUCAUGUCUCCAAAGUGGAAAAAUACUGGUUUCAAAUAAAUCUGAGGAAACACUGUGCCCUUCCUUUUUCAUUGCAAAUAAUUCAGAUUUUUCUCAUAGUUCCUUUCUGUCGCAAUGAUAUACAAAUACUAAAAAAUGGAUGCUUUUAAAUACUUUAAAAUGUAUAUUUGGAAAAACCUCUUUUAAUUAUCUGCCUUUUGGAUAUGUACUGGCAUUUUUGGUUAGCACUGUCUGGUUUUUAUUUUUAUUUUUUUUUAAACAGCACUUGAAUACUUGUAUAGAUGCUGACGUGUUGUUUCUGCUGAUGUUUACACUGAUGCGAGAAUGUUUUAAGUUUCAGAAUGAAAUUCAGGCUCCACUGAUCUCAAUGGCAGACUCUCAUUGGCUUUAAUGGAGUCAGGAUGCUGCAAUUAAGAUCUCUCAUGAAAAUAAUAAUAUUCCUUGGGAUAAUAUUUGCCUUUUUACUUUUGUAGAACAGUGGUUUUGUCUUUUGUUUUUGAUGUUUCCUCCAUCUCUACCUCCUGCUGCCUGAGGUGGGGUAUCAGUUUGCUCUCAUUGUUCCCUCCACACACAUGCAAGACUCACUGAAGCUUUGGAUGUGCAACAAUGCAGGAGUAGGUCCAAUAUUUGCAUUUUUAUAAACAUUGUUUAAAAUUGCCUCUGAUCAUAAAUACUAUAUGAUACGUUGUGAUUGGUAUCGGAACUGUGCUAUUGGAACAGCUGUGUGCAUGUUCUUCAUUGGUCUCAAGCACUGGUCAUUUAUCUCAUGCGUCAUAGCUUUUUUUUUUUCUCAUUUGAUAUAUAACAGUAUAUUCUGAAAUACGUCUCAUGCAUCUCCAAGCCAUGUUCACAAUAAAGUAUUUUUUCCUUUGCACUC